GAUCCUUUUUUGCAUGUAGCAAUUUAUUUAACAGCUUUUUUCGCAGAAGGGUCUAAGGUCAUGCUGAUCGCUCACCAUUCUCUCAUCGAUUCAUCAAUCUUCUGCAUUGACAUUAUCCUAUAUCUAUUUUGCAUGAAAUUCGGAGAAGCUCAUUCAUAAAAAGUCAGGCGCUUACCCUUAAUUUGUGUCUGUACUCAAUGCAAUGAGGCCCAAGCCGAGUAAACCUGACCAGCACACAGAGAAUUGCAAGGUGCAAUGGAUUUUGGAAGCCCAGAAAGUGUCAAAGAUUUUCCUGGUCUUUAUGGACAUGAAAGAGAACCUGAUAGUGAUUCGGAGAGCCAUGGGAGUAAGCAGCUGAUUAGCAAGCGCAAAGACAAGAAGGAAAAGGAUAUUGGCUAUGCCGCUCUGGGUGACAGCUCGGGAGAUGAAGAAGAGGAUGGAAAGAGCCCUCUGAGAGGAAAGUUGGGAAACCCUUUUAAGUUCUCGAAGAAAGAGAAGCGUGAAAAAGAAAAGAAAGAGCAGCACAGGGAGAAGGAACAAAAAGUAAAGGAAGCGAAAGAAAAGGAGCACAAACUGAAAGAUUCUAAAGAAAAACAAAAGGAGGAUAAAACAAAAGAAAAAGCAAGAGAGGAAAAGGCGAAAGAUAAAACGAAGGAAGAGAAGCUGAAAGAGAAGGAAAAGCAAAAAGAGGAAAAGAACAGAGAAAAGGAGAAAACCAAAGAGAAGGGAAAGGAAAAAGGAAAGGAUGAGAAGAUCAAAGAAAAGUAUAAAGACUCUAAGGAGAAGUUGAAAGACACGAAAGAACUUAAGGAUUCUUCAAAAGACUCACAUGAAGAACGGAAAAAGAAGAAGAAAGAUCAGAGCAAGGGAAAAGAAAGAAAAAAGUCAGAUCCUGUGGUGGCCGUGGAGGAGGAGCCGGUGUUCGGUGUACCGCUGGCGCUGGCGGUGGAGCGCAGCAAGUGUCACGAUGGCGUACAGCUGCCGGCCAUCGUCCGAGAGUGUAUCGACUUCAUCGAACAGAACGGCCUGAACUGCGAGGGCAUCUACCGUCUGUCCGGGGUCAAGUCCAAGGUACAGCAGCUGAAGCGCGGCUACAACUGCCGCGACGGCCGUCUGCCUGUACGACCACGAGCCACACACGGUGGCCAGCCUGCUCAAGCUCUUCCUCAGGGAGCUGCCGGAGCCGGUGCUGACCGCGGAGCUGCUGCCGCUGUUCGACACCGCCGCCGGCCAGAAGGACCCGGAGCGCCGAGUCAAACAGCUGAGCGUCCUGCUGGACCGGCUGCCAGCUCCCAACCGGCUGCUCGUCCAGUACAUGUUCAAACACAUGGAGCAUAUCAUCAAGCGGGAAAAAAUCAACAAGAUGAACGUACAGAACGUCUCCUUGGUGCUCUCCCCGACUAUGCAGAUAUCGCACAGGGUGUUAAACGCGUUCUUCCUGUACGGGAAGAUCCUGUUCAGCGGUGUGUCGAUAAAAAGGUACGUGCCACCGAUCGCUGACGGCGAGCUACCCGACUCCGCCGACGCCAUCCGAGAGGAGAUCGAGAAGCAGGAGUCGCUGCUGGCCCAGCUGCACCGCGAACUCAAGGCCGGCAGCAUCAGCCAGCGCCG